AUGGCUAAAAAUAGCUCUCUUCCAACCACACUAGAUAAUGAACCUGUCCCAUCCGUUUUCACCCUUUCCUCUCUAACGCUACUCUCUUCCAGACUGCUCCCUCGCAGGUCUUCUUCAUCUCCUUGUUCCCAGUCUGUCGGCUGGCGUCAUCUCUUCCUCACGUGGUAUCUUGGAUACCAAUCCAUAAAAUGCCUGGUCCAUGUUAAUUCAUUCCUCCUGAUUACAUGUCCGGUCCAGGUUCACUUUCUGAUGAGCACUUUUUCCACAAUAUCUGGAAGGUCGGUCUUAGCUCUGAUCCAUUUGUUUGCUUUUCUAUCCCUUAGUGUUAUUUCAAGAAGAUAUCGCUCCAUUCCUCUGACGGUUAUCCUCAAUUUGUGACAAGUCUUCUGGUCAAUUACCGAUGUUUCA